GUAGAAAAAAAAUGGCGGACAAGCGCUAAAUCCACAUCAGAAACAAACACACACGUUACAAAGCUAGGUAAACAUCCUCGGACACACCGAGCAACGUCUCCUUUUAGGCUCUGCUUCAGCGUUGAGCCCAGAUUAGCACUGGCUAGCCUCACUGUGCUGACGGAAAAAACAGGGAGCGGGUCGCUUUAAUUUGGACGCCAUCCCCCUUGGCGGAGGAAAAAGGCGCACUUCUAUUGAAAAGGAAAUCAUCCGGAGAGGAGAAACGCCGCUAAACGGUUAUGAAGUUUUAAGAGUGGAGGCCACUGUUGCAUCGUGAGCUUGGUCAGUAUUGUUGGAGCAUGAGGAAACCUGUACCACAGAAAGCUAUAGAGUGGAAAGAUGCCAGAAGGAUCAAGCAUGCCCGGAGUGGACGGCCCUCCCGAGUGCCCUCACAGUACCAAGGGCACUUCAGUUGGGAGAAAUACCUGAAAGAGACCGGUGCUGUUGCUGCACCUGCUUCAUGCUUCAGACAGAGCCUUACACCUCCAGUUAAUGAGUUCAAGGCGGGGAUGAAGCUGGAGGCCCAGGAUCCAAGAAACACCACGUCCACCUGCAUUGCCACAGUGGUGGGCCUGACAGGUUCACGGCUGCGGCUGCGUUUGGACGGGUCUGACAACAAGAACGACUUCUGGCGCUUGGUUGACUCCUCAGAGAUCCAGCCUAUUGGCAACUGUGAGAAGAAUGGAGGCAUGCUGCAGCCACCACUUGGUUUCCGUCUCAAUGCUUCCUCCUGGCCCAUGUUCCUUCUGAAAACAUUAAAUGGAGCUGAGAUGGCACCCUCUCGCAUUUUUCACAAGCAGGAGCCUCCCGCCCCAGAGCAGAACUCCUUCCAGGUGGGCAUGAAGCUGGAGGCAGUGGACCGGAAAAAUCCCCACUUUAUCUGUCCAGCCACAGUGGGCGCACUGCGGGGUGUCGAGGUGCUGGUCACCUUUGAUGGCUGGCGGGGAGCCUUUGACUACUACUGCCGUUAUGACUCACGAGACAUCUUCCCUGUUGGCUGGUGCGCCCUCACUGGAGACAACCUUCAGCCACCUGGCACCAAAGGUGUGAACCUAAACAUAGUGUUGCCUAAGAGCCUUGGGGCAUUGACAGACGGGAGCGUGGAGAGCCCAGCCAUGCACCCCACCCCAACGGUGGGCAGACCCCCCGGUCAGAGAGGACGUAAGCCAGGCCGCAGGAAAACCAAGGUCACAGGGCCCUGGGGUCAGAAGGCCUCAGCGUUGGGACCACAGAGCAUCCAGCCAGGCAAAGACCUGGGGCCCAUCAAGAUCCCUAAAAAACGAGGGCCCAAGCCUGGCAGUAAGUUGGGCUGGGCAAAGAGAGCAGGCUGGCUGGAGGAUGCAAUGGCUGGCCCAGGGCGGCCAGUGACAGGCCCAGGGCGAACUAGGGGCAGACUGCCUGCCAACUGGGCACAGAGGAUAGCUCUGCAACAGGCCCAGGCUCAGGCAGAACCUAUCAAGAUCCCAAAGAAAAGAGGGCCCAAACCUGGAAGCAAGAGAAAACCACGCGUGGUACCUAAUCCAGUCCCCACGUCUCCCACCAGCAGUACCCCAGAGCCUGACACCAGCACUGUACCUUUGGACAAUGCCACCAUCCCCAACUCUGCACUACAGGCUCCCACAGUUUGUGUGUACCUAAACAAGUACGGCAAGGUGGGACCCCAUUUGGACCAGAGGCGUAUCCAGCAGCUCCCGGACCACUUUGGGCCAGGCCGGGCCUCUUCAGUGCUUCAGCAGUGUGUACAGGCUUGUGUGGACUCUGCCCACAAUCAGGGCACCGUCUUCUCUUGUCUCAAAUCUGGCCAAGGUGGCGAAGUCAUUUCAGCUUACUUUGAUCAGCAGCAGCAUACCCUGACCCUGCCUACAGUCAGCAGUGUCACCUACGUUCUCCGCUUCCUGGAAAAACUUUGCCACAACCUUCACUGCGAUGCUCUGUUUGGAAGCCAGCCUGUAGCCAGAGGAGGCCUGCACUACAACAGUCACACUUACACUACAGAGAGGCGAGGUUUUGGUGACAGCCUCACGACAGGCCCGGGCCGAGGGACCAAGAGGUUCCUUCAGAACUACAACAGCCCCUUACCACAGAAACUGGCCAAAAUCCCUCGGCACUCCUCUGAUGGUGAGUCCUUCAUGGAGAACAGCGCUGUGGCAUCAGAGCACUUAAAGAAGAGCCCUCUCUCUCCAAACUCUACGGGACUGACAGCCGGACUGAGGUCUCCCUCCAAGCUGCUGCACAACAACUUUACAGGUUCAGGCAGUUUCCGGGAGAGCCCGAGGCCCAGUGGUCAGGACCCCAACCUGUGGACAGUGGAGGAUGUCAUGCAGUAUAUCAGAGAUAUUGACCCAGUGCUGGCUCCACAUGCUGACCUUUUCAGAAAACACGAGAUUGACGGCAAAGCACUCCUGUUGCUUCGUAGUGACAUGAUGAUGAAAUAUAUGGGCUUGAAGCUUGGUCCCGCCCUCAAACUCACCUUCCACAUUGACAAGCUCAAACGACCCUGAGGAGGUCAGCCGACCAGCAGCAGCCUUCCAAAGGACUAAACUCCAACCUCCCACCUUCCUGUUGUAGAAUCAGUAUAUCAUGCACUGCAUAUUGGAUGUAUGCUGACCAUUUACAUGUAGCAACUUCCAUCAGACCACCAUAUCUGGUAUUACAUACCCCUGUCCUGACCUCAUCCAAUGAGGAAUGUUUAUUUUGUGUAGCACAAUCCAGCCCUAAGGCAGCAUGGGAUACGUAGGAUCAUCCACUUGUCUGUCAUCUGUUUUGCAUUUCAGUAUAACUUGAAGAGUCAUAUGUGGCCAUUUUAACUGUAAAAGGCUUUUUUGGCCUGCUUUUAUUACGUUACAUUUAUUCUGUACAUUUCAUAUUUUGUACUUCAUGAAUAUAUGGACUUGUAUUUUUGCCUUUUUCAACGGUUUGUGUUGGAUAUGCUAAAAGAAAGAAAACCCUAAAAGAAGAAAUCACUACAUUCAUCCCAAUAGUUGGGAAUUCUUCAGAUUAACGUCUCUGUUUGAGGCACAAUUUUUCAACUACAACAAUAUUAAUUAUGGGGAGAAUAAACAUUUUAUGAAAGGAAAAAAAAAUUUUAUUCUGAAAAUACUGCCAUGAGGAAAUCUGUUUCUUUUGUCUUCUCCUGGAUGUUGUUUACAAUGCCUUGUCUUGUCUUUGUUAUUUGUACUUUUUUAAUUUUUUAUACUAUAUUAUUAGAGUUCCUACAUGGAGAGUCCUAUCAUACUUAACAUUGUUCAAUAAAUCUAUAAUA